ACGUCAAUACAGAGAGCUCCACAGUCGGGCACAUACGUCUGUAUGUAUAGCACAUGAUAAAGCAGGCAGCCAGUAGUGUUCAGUUUGCGCACGCUAGUUGUAAAUCGAGGCUGAUUGUGCAUCCACUCGGAGUACAGUAGUUCAAGUGGCAUAUUGCUUGUGGUGAUAAUGAACGACUCCCGUCGUCUUCAUGGUUUAACGCUAGUGUUAAUCAAAGCUGUUAUUACGUUAACACAGCGCUGUCAAAACUAUUGAGGCAGAUAAAAAUUAAAGCUACCUUACAUGUGUGUUAUCGCGUAGCGUACUGAUAAAAUGCAGUUUUUUUUGUUUUUGUUUGCACCAGUGUCGAAAGUAUCGAACAGUUCAGUACAGUUGGUGAAAUUGAUACAAUGUAUCGUGACAGUUACAUGAAAAAUGGGUGUUUGUUUGUUUGCUGUUCGUUCGCAUGCGUAAAUAAAAGAAACAUGCCGUCGUUCAGUCAAGAGAUAAACGUUGAUCUGAACUCGAACGAAAGUGAAAUGGUGCGUGGGGUGAAGGAUGGCGAGGCGGUGACCACGGAGGCGCCGGGGCCGGGGGCGCGCGCGCGGGCCGAGCGGCGCCUGGCCUACGAGCUGCGGGACUUCCUGGGCCCGGAGCGGCCGCCGGGGCCGGAGGGCGCGCCGGGGCCCGAGGGGGCGCUGGGCUCGCGCGCGCCCAGCCUGAGCCAGCUGCCGUACAUCGACGACCUGGAGGAGGGCGCGGGGGCGGCGGGGGGCGAGGAGCGGGGCCCGAGCCGCGCCACGGAGGAGGUGCUGAACAACGCGGCGUGCCGGCUGCGGCGCUGGCGGGCGGCGUCGCGCAAGCUGCGGCGCUCCUCGGGGGCCGAGGCGGCGGGCGCGCGGCGGGAGGCGCCGGCCGACCUGCUCACGCUGGCGCCGCCGCCGCCCGCCGCCACCGCGCCGCCCUCGCCCGGCUGCCUCAUCACGCCCUCGCUCGCCGAACAGAACUCCAUCGAGUACUUCGGUUCGAGUCCGGAGUGCUGCCUAGACUCAGCGGGAGCGGAGAGCCGCGCGCCCGCGCCGCCGCCCGGCCCGCGCUACAAGCUGGCUCUGGAGGGCUCCCUCAGGGUCUGCUGCUUCCAGCACACGCGCUCCGUGGUCGACAAGAUCCUCACGGCGCGCUUCCUGCGCCGCUGGGAGACCCAUGCCUUGUGCCUGCUUGAAGACCGGAUCGUGUCCAAAACGCCGUCGGGCCUGAUGGAGCGGCCGCUGUUCUACAGCUGCAUGCAGGAGGUGUUCUGCAUCGUGCGCUGGGACACCGCCGGCAAGUUCUGUCUGCGGAUCGUCAUGCCCAAUGGGUCACUGAUCUUGCAGGCUAACGAUGCUUAUACGAGAGACCAGUGGUAUCAUUCGAUUAUCUGGAGGCGUAACAUGUUAAGGUAUAAAAAUUACCUGACGGACUGCGAGAAACGAGAUAAAGAUGCAGUUAUGAAUCAAUUGAAGAAAAUGGUGGACUUUGCGCUGACCACGCCGCUGCAGGACGAGAGUGUGACGCGCGCGCCCAUGCAGAUACUCACCGACCUGCUGGCCGAUCGCCAAGACAGCGUGGACUGGGACGAGUGGGCGGAGGAGGCGACCAGCGUGGCGGCGCCGCUGCUGGCGGAGCGCCACGCCGGCGGCGAGCUGUGCGCGCUGCUGGCCCGCCUGUGCCGCCGGCGUGGGGCGCCGCUGUGCCGCCGGCGUGGGGGGCCGCUGCCUGCCCUCGCGCCGCCUGUGAGGAGAGUGCUGACGAGGAAUGUUGACUUUGCGAGAGCGCCCAAUGCUAGGAGGCUGGUUCGAGAUUAUAUUAGUGCGCUAAGCGCCCACAGCUCGGGCGUAUCGCUGAUCCGUCGCUUCGUGGAAGUGGCGCACGGGGGGCAGGCGACGUGCCCGCACCCGCGCGCGGCGCCCAACCUGGCCGCGGUGGCGCUGGCGGCGUUGGAUGACCACUACCGGGAGUCCCCCAAGCCUCACCAGUGCACGGAUAGGGAGAACGAUGUGCUGUGCUUCGCGGAUAUCUUGGAGUAUAUGUGCGAGUACGAGGACUGGCUGGUGAUCGUGAGCGGCGUCCUGCAGCCAGUGCCCGUCUGCGCCGGCGCCAUGCGCUGCCCGCGGGUCGCGCGGCGCCUCGCCGGCGUGCUGCGAGCCAUCAGCGAGGACUCCCGCUGCUCCGUGCAUACGUGCUUGGUGCCCGCCCCCGCGGCCAGACUCAACCCGCCCUGCUGGCUGAAGGCUACAGCUCCGUCUGACCCGCAGCUCGCCUUGCCGCACCAGAAGCUGUGCCGGCUUUGGGGCGAUAUGAUCGGAAGUCUCCUCAACUGCUGUUUGAAAAGGAAAAGCUUCUUGCAGAGCAUGAGCAAGCAGUUGCCAGACUUUCUCGUUGUCGCCUUAACGGAGCAUCCUGCUGCUCUAGAAUCUCUCUGCCUGAUGCUGGAGUGGGAGGUGGCGAGCGGGGAGCAGACCCAGCUCGAGAUCAUCGCCACACUGCAAGGAACCGACCUCGGACAGAAGUACUUCACGGACUUGUGCGAUCGACAGCAACAUCUUACGAGGCUUCAAUCUGAGGGCGGUCCCAAGCAGCUAGCACUGCCACUGCGCGCCACCGACGCAGACGUGGCGGCGCUGCUGGAGGGCGGCGCGCUGGGCAGCCUCGAGUGCCUGUCGCUCGCCUUCACCGGUGUCACUAGUGACUGCGCGCAACAUCUCAUCAAGUUGCCAGGGCUCCGCUACCUGAACCUGUGGGCGACGCAGUUCGGCGACCGCGGCCUGCACCUCAUCGCGGACCACCUGCCGCAGCUGCAGGUGCUCAACCUGUGCGAGACGCCCGUCACCGACGACGGCAUCGAGGCGCUGGUCUCUCUAGCCAGCCUGAAGCAGCUGAACCUGAACAGUACAAAGCUGACGGCAGCGGCCUACGACACGCUCCGAGAGAGACUGCCCCUGCUGGAGGAUUUCGACAUCCGCUACACCGAGGCGUGGUGACCUUCACCUUGGGACACCCUAGGGAAAACUCCGGGCUACAGGAAUCCUGGUUACUGACUCUCAAGUAACAAGCGAAAGGCUGACUACAAUGUUACUGAAGACUUUGUAGAUAGGGCUAUACAAUAUGAGCACGUGAUAAAAAAGAAUUCUACUACUAGUUAGAAAGAAAAUUUAUAUUUUUUACUGUCAGUAAGUGGUUUUUUCAUUAUUUUUUUCAUUUCAUUCAAAAUGAUUUUUAAGAUUGUAUAAAUAUUUGCGAUAUAAUACUUAUUGCAUUACGUUACGCUGGUCGUUAUUUUUUUAAAGAUAUAAAGUUAACUCAAUCUUCAGUUAAAGUAUUAUUGCUAUAUUACUGUAAAUUUUCUUGAAAAUAAUUACUUAACUGAGUUAUACCUGAAUGUUGAAAUGUGUAUAUAAAAAUAUUCGAAUUUAAUAGGGGUAGUCAUAAAAUUAUAUUGUUUAGGUAGAUAUGGAUAGAUAGGAGUAAUCAUAAGUAUUUUUUAAAAUAAGUUACUAUGAAACUUUGUCUUAAAUGUGAAUAUAUAUACGUUAAAGUGGUAAGUACAAGUAAAAUAUUAAAUUAUGAUAUCUGCUGUAGUUAGUAAAUUUACCUACGAAAUAAGAAAAUGCCAUAAAUGUAUAUCUGUUUUAUUAUUUUUGACAUAUUAUAUAAGUAAUCUUAGAAUAUUAUUGAGGCUAAAUGCUGGAGACUCACUUAGAUCAUAAACUUUCACCAACUUAUUCUUAUUAGUUAACUUACCAUUUUUUACUAUCCCUGUACAUAGUUUAACAAUCGAGUAAGUAUACCUAAAUCUACUAAUAAGGGUACCAGGACGUAGGUAUGGUCAAACUAGGCAAGCUGAGGGCUUAGUGGGAGUUUCCCGGCGUUAGAGCAGUGAAAAGUUAACACGAAUUAGUAUGACUGAAGCCGCUGAAGUAGUGCAGCGUAUGUGCCACUAGAUGGCGACUCUACUGCUUUUACUCCUCACUGCUCGAACUUUCAAGAAUAAAUCACACUCCUGAGAUUGUAAAACACAAAAGUAGCUGUGUUUAGUUAGAACUUGGUAGCCGGUUCCCAACCAUUGGCUUUUCGAGUUGAGUUUUAGAAUUCAUUGCAUAAUGGUAAAAGCGGGUAUCGAGUUUUUUACUGAUGACUGACUACCGAUGUUGGAAUUUAGUAUUACGGGAAAAUUAUUUAUUAUCAUGAUAAUUUAUCACAAUAACUGUAGUUAUUCAAAUUGUAUAGUGCAUAUAUACCAUUAUAUUGUAAUUAAAUAUUGUGUAAACUACUUAAAAUUAGUGAGAAGUGUACGUUUAGGUAAGUACCUACGUUAUAAGGUUAAUUCUAUGUUAUUUAUAGGCAUUUAUCAGGUCAAAUCCAACAUAUUGAGGAUGUGUCAGGCAGUGCAAUGGUUCUUAAGGAUGUAUGUCCUUUCAGAAAAAACACGCGUUUACAAACACAUAGAUUACACCUACUGAGUAGAGUGGUGAGACAAUAUCCUCGGCCAAUGAACAGUUAGCCGGCAGAGGGUACUAUCUCGGCACUCUACUCAGUAGGUGUAAUCAAGGUAUAAGUUACUAAGUGUAGUUGUGUACAGUGACACGUAGGAGGGACCCACUGCCUUAGAUAUUACGGUUCUGGUCACAUAAUAAAUAGUACCUAAAGAUGAUUGUUCGCUGUCAUUAAACUAGUAAAACUUUCAGAUUCGGCUUUUAACGUUCAAAGUAAUAAGUACCUAAGUUAAUAUGUUAAGUUAUUGCAUUUACAUACAAGAAAAUUUCAGUCGUUUGUUACUAAUUGAAGUAGGUACAAAAAAUUGUCCCGAGGAAGAAGUUUAACAAGUAUUGAAUCUCAUUGUGAUAUCUAAACCCAAUCUUGUUUUAACACUUUGCAUCGAGACGACUUGUUUUGUUAGUCAACGUUCUAUUUUUUUAAACACGCACAGUUUUAAGAUUUUCGCGCCGAUACGAUUGAAUUUAUAAUUACUUAUUUAAUUAGAUAUAAAGUGGAAUUAUGUCGCCAUGUCACUUGUAAAAAAAACUUAAAAAUAAAGAUCAUAAUGGUAAAUUGAAUUUAGUAUUUAAAUAUAAUCAACAUUAGCUAAACCUAAUCAUAAGAAGCUAGAAUAACAUCAAUAAUUUCUGAUAUGAAUCAGUGAAUGACUCAGUAAGAAUGUUGCAUUAGAAUUGUCUUGAAGAGAUAUAAGACUACUCAUCCAAUGUGGAAAGUGAGAAAGAUGUUUUUAUAAAUAAAAUAAUUAAUGUUCUAUGUAUAAA